AUGAAUUGCUCCACAUUGUUAUCUCUUGUGUUGAUGCUGGUUCAACUUUGGCCUUGCUCUCCAAGCAUGCAGAACCACAGCGCUCAAAACACAGAUCAGUCUUUCACAGCAGUUCAAAGAGUGAAACAUGGCUGGGUAUGGGAGCCACUUUUUGCAACUGAGGAACAGACUUCAGUGGUGCCUGUGUAUGUUGGACAGCUGAAAUCAGAUUUAGACAAGCAGGAUGGCAACCUAAAAUACAUUUUGACUGGGGAGGGAGCUGGAAGCAUUUUUAUCAUUGAAAAUAACGGCAAAAUUUACGUGACACAAAAGCUGGAUCGAGAAAAGAAACCAUUCUACACUCUAAGAGCACAAGCAAUUAACAGGAGCACUCAGCUUCCUGUUGAACCUGAAUUAGAAUUUGUUAUCAAGGUUCGAGAUGUCAACGAUCAUGAACCACAGUUCUUGGAUGGACCUUAUGUGGCCACUGUUCCGGAGAUGUCACCUGAAGGUACUUCGGUUACACAGGUAACAGCUACAGAUGGUGAUGAUCCUUCUUAUGGGAAUAGUGCCCGUCUGCUUUACAGUCUCAUUCAGGGACAGCCUUAUUUUUCUGUGGAGCCAAAGACAGGGGUCAUCAGAAUGGCUUCCCAAAUGGAUAGAGAAACAAAAGAUCAGUAUUUGGUCAUCAUCCAAGCCAAAGACAUGGUUGGGCAAGCAGGGGCAUUUUCAGCAACAGACACUGUUACCAUCAACCUCUCUGACAUCAAUGACAAUCCACCUAAAUUUCAACAGCGACUCUACUAUAUGAGCGUCUCUGAAGAGGCUCCUGUGGGCACUACUGUAGGCAAAGUCUUUGCAGAAGACAGCGACAUAGGGGACAAUGCAGCCAUGAACUAUUUCAUUGAAGGAGAUAGCUCAGAUGUUUUUGACAUCAUUACUAACAAUGAGACUCAAGAAGGAAUUAUCUUAUUAAAAAAGAGAGUGGAUUAUGAAAGCAAGAGGAGAUACAGUAUUCGAGCAAAAGUUGUAAACAGGUACAUUGAUGACCGUUUUCUGAAAGAAGGACCAUUUGAAGACACAACCAUUGUCAAAAUCAAUGUGGAAGAUGCUGAUGAACCUCCAGUUUUCACCUUCGAGAACUAUGUGAUGGAGAUUGCUGAAGCGGCUCUGAGUGGCUCAUCGGUGGGCGCUGUAACUGCUAGAGAUCCAGACAAUGAUGACUGCCCAGUCAGGUACUCUAUUGUCCGCGGCAUGCAUUUAAAGAGAUUGUUCAGCAUCAAUGAACACAAUGGAACAAUCAUUACAACUAAACCUCUGGACAGAGAGAUAGCUUCUUGGCACAACAUAACUGUUACAGCCACAGAAACAAGAAAUCCUGAAAAAAUUUCAGAAGCAAAUGUGUAUAUCCAAGUUCUCAAUGUUAAUGAUCAUGCACCAGAAUUCCCUAAAUAUUACGAAACAUUUGUCUGUGAAAAUGCAGUUUCUGGCCAGCUAAUUCAAAGCAUCAGUGCAGUGGAUCAAGAUGACUCAGCAGAAGGUCACCAUUUUUACUUCUCAUUGGCUCAGGAGGCCACAAACAACUCACGUUUUACUGUCAAAGAUAAUCAAGAUAACACAGCUGGAAUUUUCACAGCAAAAAGUGGCUUCAGGAGGCAAGAGCAGUUUUCUUUCUACUUGCCAAUCUUAAUUCUGGAUAAUGGAACACCGCCACUGACAAGCACAAAUACUCUCACUAUCACUGUCUGCGACUGUGACACCGAAGUUAACACCUUCUACUGUCGAUACGGAGCUUUCAUGUAUGCCAUGGGUCUCAGCACAGAAGCUUUAGUUGCUGUGUUGGCUUGCAUACUAACAGUCCUAGUGUUCUUUUUGGCAGUUGUAGCCAUAAGGCAGCAGAGGAAGAAGUCUCCCUUUUCAGAGAAAAUGGAAGAAUUCAGAGAGAAUAUUGUCAGGUAUGAUGAUGAAGGAGGUGGCGAGGAGGACACAGAAGCCUUUGAUAUUUCAGCACUGAGGACCCACACUGUCAUGCGAACGCACAAACCUCGGAAGAAGGUCACCACAGAAAUCCACAGCCUCUACAGACAGUCUCUGCAGGUUGGCCCUGACAGUGCAAUCUUCAGGCAAUUCAUUUCAGAAAAGCUUGAAGAAGCAAAUACAGAUCCUAGUGCUCCUCCAUAUGACUCCCUUCAGACCUAUGCAUUCGAGGGGACUGGCUCUUUGGCAGGAUCCCUCAGCUCUUUAGGUUCAAACAUGUCAGACAUGGAUCAAAGUUAUGACUACCUUGCAGACUGGGGACCUCAAUUUAAAAAGCUUGCAGGCAUGUACACUUCCCACAGAAGUGUGGGGGAUUAG